AGGUGGUGGGUUUAGCUAGCCCACACUUGCUCGUCACAGACAGGCAGUCCACCACCGCCACCACCACUCUCCGGUCUCCGGCAACACCCAGCCUGAAGGGUGGAUCGAGUGGCACUUGGAGACCUCGCUUUCUCCCUCCGCAUGUCAACGCAGACAAAAAGAGCAGCCUCCUCCUCCUCCUCCUCCUCACAGCGUCUCCGCCUGCCCGUCGCCUUCGCCGGCGCUCGGACAUAAAUUAAGCCCAAGCAGCACGAACAGUCGCCGCCACAUCUCCUCCUCCUCCCAAGAGAUCUCGUAGCUCGCGACGCCAGAUGGAGCUCGCUAUGGUGGAGGCGCCGUCGCCGGCCAACGGCAGGAAGCGCAAGUCCCCACGCUCCUCCUCCGGCCUGGGGGACCUCCACGACGACAUGCUGGAGCGCGUCCUCGCGCGACUCCCGCCGGCCAGCUACUUCCGCCUCCGCGCCGUCUGCCGCCGGUGGCGCGCGGCCGCGGCGUCCCCGACGUUCCUUGACGCCUGCGCCCGCGUGCCCUCCCGGGACCCGUGGUUCCUCAUGCUCUCCGGCUCCGACGGCGCCAGCCCGGUCGUCGCCUUCGACGCCGCCGAGCGCGGCUGGAACCACUGCCGCGCCGCGCCGGGGUCCAUGCCCGUGGCCGCGUCGGGCGGCCUCGUCCUCUACCGCUCCCCGGCCACGGGCGCGCUCACCAUCGCCAACCCGCUUACCGGCGCGUCGCGCGCCCUCCCGCCGCCGCCGCAGCAGCAGGGCGGUCGGCCGCUGCAGGCGAUUGCCAUGUACGGCGGCGCCCCCUACCGCGUCGCACUCUUCACGGGAGAGCUCCCGGACCUGUCCAUGGUGGUGUUCGACUCGUCGAGCAACUCGUGGGAGGGCCCCGUGCCGCUCUUCCGCAGGUCCGAGGACUCAUCGUGCCCGGACGCGCCGGGGCAGGCCGGCGAUGACGACACGGUCUACUUCCUGAGCAAGUCCGGCGACGUGGUGGCCACCAACAUGCAGCGCAGCGCGUCGAAGCAGUACUCCUCGGUGGUCGUGCCCUCGCCGGCGCGCGGCGAGGAGGGCGCCGUGGCCUACUUCCUCAGCCACUCGGGCACCGUCGUCGCCUGCGACACGGCGCGCCGCACGUUCCGCGAGCUGCCCCGCAUCCUCCCCGUCUACUUCGAGUACUCCAUCGACGUCGUGGCCUGCGGCGGCGCCGCCUACGCCGUCGUGCUAUCGGAGUACCUGGACACGGCGAGCCUGCGGGUGUGGGAGUUCGCCGGCGGCGCGUGGCGGCAGGUGGCCGCCAUGCCGCCCGCCAUGUCGCACGGGUUCCACGGGAAGCGGGCCGACAUCAACUGCGUCGGGCAUGGGGACCGCCUCAUGGUCUGCGUUAGCUCCGGCGAGGCCAACGGCUGCUUCAUGUGCGACGUGGCCAGCAACCGGUGGGAGGAGCUGCCCAAGUACGUCGACGGCGAUGGGGAGGCCAACGAGUUCUUGGCCGCCUUCUCCUUCGAGCCUAGAGUGGAGAUCACCGUCUAAGAGUGUACGAUCACAAGUGUGAUUGCUGUGUUGAUUAAGGAGCGUAGUUUUGGUUUUGCUCCUCGUUUGUGUGAUUCAUUUCUUCAUGUGUGCAUGUACUUACCAAAUUGUAGUGUCACUGUUCGUUGACAUUGUUUCUCUCAGGUCAAAUUCCAGAUUGUUCUUCCCUCAUCAAAAAUUAAUAUUCAAAUUGUUCAUGGUUACU